AUGAAUCGGAUUCAAUCCGAAUUCGAUAAUGUCAAUCCGGUAAUUCAAAUCCGAUUGACACAAGUACCCUCAUCUAUCUAUAUAAAUGAAGAAAACCUAGAACCAAAUUCGCGCGUCUUCUCCUCCAGAGCAAGAAGUGCGGCGCUGAAAAAGGCAUCGUCUUCUCCUCCAGAUCAUCCUCUCCUCCGGCAACUCUUUGCUCUACGAACGGCGAUGGACAAUAAUGAAGAACCAAAUAGCAUGAUGGGUCUCAUUCAUGCAUUCAUAGCCCUUCAACAUCUUGUCGCCUCCAUCAAUCAUGCUUGUUCUUUGUUUGUCGUAGUCAUACACAUUGCCUUAAGCAAGAGAUUAGAUAGGUUGGAUGUCAAAAGGUCACCACAUCCCUUUCGAAACCAAUUAGACAAUUUAAAUAGGUUGAUCCGAAAUAGUGAGGUAAACUGUCACGAACAACUUCGAGUGGAUAUUCAUACAUUCAUGAGGCUUUGUACACUAGUCAGAGGUGUUGGAUUAACUGAUUCAAAGUUCGUUGUGGUGGAGGAGAAAGUUGGGAUAUUCUUAUAUACACUUGCACACCACUUAAAGAAUCGUAAGAUUAAGUUUGACUUUACAAGGAGUGGUCAAACCGUAAGUAGGUAUUUCAAUGACGUGCUUAAGGCUGUUAUACGGCUCCAAGACGUCCUUCUUAAGGUACCAGAACCAGUCCCGGCAAACUCCAAUGAUGAAAGGUGGAAGUGGUUUCAGAAUUGCCUCGGGGCAUUAGAUGGGACCUAUAUUGAUGUUCGUGUUGCUGCGGUAGAUAAACCAAGGUAUAGAACGAGGAAAGGUGAAAUUGCUACCAAUGUAUUGGGUGUGUGUGCCCCAGACACCCAAUUUAUUUAUGUGUUGCCAGGAUGGGAAGGAUCCGCAUCAGAUUCUAGAGUUCUUAGAGAUGCUGUCAGUAGGCAAAACGGGUUGAAAGUGCCAACUGGUCACUAAUAUCUUGUAGAUGCGGGGUACACUAAUGGGGAAGGUUUCUUAGCACCUUAUCGAGGUCAACGUUACCACUUGUCCACUUACAUAGGUGGUCCUGCCCCUACUACCCCCCAAGAGUUCUUCAACAUGAAGCAUGCUUCAGCACGUAAUGUCGUUGAGAGGACUUUUGGCAUACUUAAGGCCAGAUGGGCUAUCCUUAGGUCGCAUUCAUUCUUCCCAAUCAGAACUCAAUGUCGGAUAAUCACUGCUUGUUGCCUUCUUCACAAUCUAAUCACUCGUGAGAGGCCCAAUGAUCCUUUCGCGCAGGAAUUUAUGCAACCACCCCCGCCACAACCAGAUGAGGAGGACGAUGAGUACAUUGAUGUGGUUGAGCCCUCCGACCAAUGGAGUGAAUGGAGAGUCACAUUGGCAAAUCAAAUGUUCAAUGAGUGGCAAGCAAAUAGGGGUCAAAAUGGUGGGGUCAAUGUUGCUUAGUUUCAAGAGAGCUAGAGAUGUGUCCAACCUCUUAGCUAGAUGAUGAAAAUUUGAGCUUCCUAGUGGUUAUUUUAAUUUGUAAUUGGAGAUCUAUGUUUGCUGAAAGCUGUUAAUGUCACUAAAUAUGUAAACUUUGUGAUGUUCUACCUACUGCUUCGUCAUAUUCUGGUGCAGAAAAUGAUGUUUACUCGAUGUGAUGUUAGAGAGAUUGAUGCUUAUUCACUUGACCAAUCUGCAAUUUUUUAUUUCAGUAA